UAGAACUGCCUGCCUCUGCUUCCGGAGAGCUGGGAUUAAAGGUGUCAGCCAUCAUACCUGGCCCUAAUUCUUGAAAUAAAAAUGCCUACAUGCUGUAGUUGAAGACAGAGUAGGUAUGAUUAUCAAAUUCUGAUUCAGUUGAACCUCAGCAGUAGAUUCAAAGAAAGCAUGGGAAGAGAAAUGAAAGGGGCCUGUCAUGUAAAGCCGUUAGGUUAUCUCUUGAACUUUGAACUUCCACAUCACUGUAUGAAUUGGUUCGAAGAUAAGAAAUGGAAUAAAUUCUCUCUAGUGGACAGGACGGGACCUCUGCUUUCCUAGAGACACACACGGCUGAGAUCAUGGCUUUUGAUGGCACUUGGAAAGUAGACCAGAACGAGAACUAUGAAAAGUUCAUGGAGAAAAUGGGCGUUAACAUGGUGAAGAGGAAGCUUGGAGCUCAUGACAACCUGAAACUGACAAUCACACAGGAUGGAAAUAAAUUCACAGUCAAAGAAUCAAGCAACUUCCGAAACAUUGAUGUCGUGUUUGAACUCGGUGUCAGCUUUUCCUAUAGCCUAGCAGAUGGAACAGAACUCACUGGGACCUGGAACAUUGAGGGAAAUAAACUUAUUGGAAAAUUCACACGUGUAGACAAUGGAAAGGAGCUGAUUGCUGUCCGAGAGGUUUCUGGUAAUGAACUAAUCCAGACCUACACCUAUGAAGGAGUCGAGGCCAAGCGGAUCUUUAAGAAGGAAUAAGCCGGCUUCUGGGAGCCUGGAGCAACGCUGUAGAGCUGAACUGAUGUCAGAUUUCUUUCUCCAUCAUGCUAAUGCCAGGCUCACGCAUCAUCUUAUGAGCACUGAUUUGUCAAAGCCGAAGGAGUAAAAGUGAAUUAGGACUAUAUUUGUUUUAUGACCCUUAAGAUGAACUAGUCUUUUAAAAGAAAAUAAAUCCUGCUCUCCCA